CUACUAUAUAACAAAUAAUUUGAGGCUUAUAGAGACUACAGCUGUUCUUCUCAACUCUACUAGAAUGUAAAGUUCACCUGAGUUGAAUAUGGAUAAAGAAGAAAUUGUACAACCAGCGGAGACAACAGUACAGGCAACAUUUCACAAACCAGCGGGACGAAACAAGAGAAUAUGUCUUAUUGGAGUUGCUUUUUUCACUUUCUUAACAUGUGUAGCCGUGGCACUUGUCCUUGUUUUUGUGGCAUUGAAAGAGGGAAAAUCUUCCGAUGAGGUUAAAGAAGAAGUCUACAAGGAUAUCAGUGGGCAAAAAGCCAGAGUUGCAACUAAAACAGGGGGGAUAAUAGUUGGUAAAACAACAGUCUUGCCUGAUGGUAAGAGAAGGAUCCACGAGUUCCACAACAUACCGUACGCUACACCUCCUGUCGGAGCUCUCCGCUUCAGACCCCCUGAGAGACACAUUGUAUCCAACCCCUCCGAGAUAUUCAACGCAACAGACAGUACCCAGGUUGAGUGUAUCCAGGCUAGCAGUAGAGGACAGGGGAGCGAGGAUUGUUUGUAUCUUACUGUGAGGUCUCCUGAUCUGGAGGGUAGUAAGGAUGUGAUGGUUUGGAUACACGGUGGUGGUCUAGCUGGAGGUAAGGGAACUAAUCAGGGCUACAGUUUCAGCAAUGAAGUGACGAAAGCGGUGGACGCAGUCACAGUGAACAUACACUUCAGACUUGGGUUUCUUGGUUUCAGUUCUGUUGAGGAACUGUGGGACGAGGCAGCGGGAGUGUACGCUAACAACGGUAUCAGAGACAUGAUAGCAACCCUAGACUGGAUACAGGACAACAUAGCCGGGUUUGGUGGUAACCCUGACUCAGUUACAGUUAUUGGGGAGAGUGGAGGUGCUACAGCGGUGGUCGCACUUGCUUGCUCGCCUCUUGCUAAUAACAAGUUUCAUGCGGGCAUAUCACAGAGCCCUGCCCCUGAGAUGAGGUUUAGUCAUGUUGAUGGGGAUAAGUUUCAGAGACACUUAGUCGAUCAGAUGUGUCCUCAGGCUACUUUAGCAGAACGCAAGCAGUGCCUCAUGGAUAUGGAAGCGCACAAGUUCUCAACUAAAUAUUUUGAGACUGACGCUGGAGACGCGUACUUCCUUUUCCCCAUGCAGUUUACAGAGCAGGCUGAGUAUGUGGGCCUGGUUAUGGUAGACCCGGUUGUAGUUACUGUUUCUGCUAGGAACCUCAAGGAUGCUACCUUCACUCCUAACAAACCUCUUCCUAUUAUAAUGUCAACCAUGGAGGAAGAGAACUUCAUGAACAUCCCCAGCUUCAAGAACAGUAAAGAAGCUAACGACACCAUGGAGCUACUUUUCAAGAAUAUAACCGAUAAAGCAGACAUGCUGGACUUCUCUUACAAACUUUACCCGGGUAGAGCAGCUACCAGAGUCUGGAGUUUCCUGACAGCUGACAUGAGAGCUACUUGCCCUGUUAACGAUGUAUCCGAGGCUAUGGCACUCAGUACUAACAGAGACAUUUACAGGCUCUAUGUCAAACACCAUUCCUCUAUUUUCCCAGCGUAUCAUGCGUACGAUGCAGCUGCUUUCUUUGGGCAUGACGCAGACUGGUUCUUCCCCCAGGAGCGGGACACCAGAUUCGAGCUGCUUUAUACUGAUAUGGUCAAAAAAUUGGCAAAAGACAAGAAGUUUGAUGAUGGGUGGGGCGUGUUCCCGGCGAAGUCCAUGUUUUAUGAGACCACUGUUCCUAUUGCUAAUGUUACCAGUGUCAAGCCUCAGGAGAAUAUUUGCGCUGAACUUGCUGAAUUAGAUUUAGUUAAAUAUGGCGUUCAAAACAAAUGAAAUGAACUCGUGUGAAGUACAAGACGUACACAACUCUUAUCAAAUUUCAGUAUUAGUAACAUUUGUUUUUUCCUUGGUUAUUUCUAGAAUUGUGCAAAC